ACUUCAGCAAAGUCCUCGGGCACAUGUCGACCUGUAUCGACUGUUCUCCGUUCGACCCCAAAGAGGGCUCCUUUUCCUCAAAGCGCCCUAGCACGGCCAUAUGUCCCGGCGCAAACGGUAACGGACGCAAGGAAGGCAGAUCGAUCGCGUACAGAUAUUCCCCGCAAGGCGAGAAGCCUGGGGCCAUUUUGAGAUACACGAGUCCGAGAACGACUUUCGCGAUAUUGACUCCAGGCCGGCUGCCCUCUAACAGCGCCUUGAAGUGCGCAAGGGGCACGAUCCGGCAUCGCCGAACGUUGACCAGAUCGACCCAGUACACGCGUACAUAGGAGCAUCCAUCCAAGUCGACGGCAGAGCCUUUGUAUGCGCCGAUGGACUGGGGUGUGUGAAGGACACCGUGGCUGAAAUCCAUGUUAGUGGAUAAGGUCGAAGUUGCGACUAGUUCGGCGGCUUCGAUUCGUGUCAGACACCAUGGUACGAUUGGCAAGCAGAAAAAUGAGCCUUGAGAGUAAGUAUGUGGGCAGUAUACCAGAAAUUUCUAGUCAAUUUACGACCAUUAGAAAGUCGCGCCAGUGCAAACAAAAGUCUGUAGCAGUUUGCUCUGCCUUUGUGUGGAAAAGUGGGUCCGGGCCGAAAGGGCCGGGACACGAUUUUUGGCAUGACAUAGGGAAUAUGGUCCGACAGGGUGAUGCUAACAAUCUCGAUGACUUUUGCUAUCGCCGCUUCUCUCAUCCUUGCCACCCCGUAUUCGCACCAUGCACUGCCAAGAGGGUUGAUUACCGUCUUCUACGUCCCGUCAUGAGAAUAUCGACGAGCGUAUCCAUGCCUGAAGCAUGCGACACUGUCAUGCGACGCGCGAAUUCCGAAUUCCGAAUUUGGACCCGGCCGAUAUCCCUGCAACUUUACGAGGCUGCGCUGCCCUUUCCUUCGCAGCUACGGGAGCCUGAGGCGUCGGAGUGCAGUGUUUCAUAUCGCCCUCAGCCAUCGCUUGGGUUCGACCUGUCAUGAAGCCAUGAUUUUUAUGCAGCAGGGAUUCCGAAGGUCCGAGAUCAACCAACACACAUUCCGAAUGAUUGGCUGUGCCGUACUCCUGAUAUAAGGCCGAAGCGCGACUCCUACACGAUCAGUCACUUUGCACUCUUUUCCGACCUCGUCAUGUCCAGCGUGCGGAAAGACCUGAAAGCCUGCAUCAGGCAUUUCACCCCUUCAUGGCAUACAGUGGUGAUGGGGACUGGCUCCGUCUCCGGCCUGUUCUCCCACUUUUAUAUAGGACAAGACACCCAGGCGAUUAAAGCGCUCACAUUGCUCUUCUUCUUCCUGAACCUUGGCUUUUUCGUCCUCAUUUGCUCGGCUACCAUUGCACGCUACGCGCUGUAUCCCAAGGUCCCUAUGGUCCGUGAUGCUGCGACACCCAGCGCAAAGUCUCUUCAUGGGCGCGUUUCCUAUGGGCGCGGCAACACUCAUAAAUACUGCGGUCGUUGCGCACCAGAGAUGGCAAUGGGGCGGUACGGGAUUCCUGUGGGCCUUGUGGGGAUUCUGGUGGUUGGAUUCCGCGGUGUCAUUCGCGAUGGCCGUUGGAAUGCUCUACGUAAUGAUGGCGACCACCAGCAUUCACUGCAAGCCAUGUCCCCGCUCUGGUUGCUCCCAGUGGUCACCCUCAUUGUCGCAUCGUCAACUGGUGGGAUUGUGGCAGCAGCCUUUCCCGGGCACCAAAGUGUUGUCGCUCUCACAACGGCAGUCUCAUUCACGAUGUUGGCCAUGGGUCUUUCUGUGGCCCUCAUGAUGAUCACUGUAUAUCUCAUGCGCUGCAUCAUUCACGGACCGCUGGACACGGGCAUCAUCCUCUCGUCGUUCGUUGUCCUGGGACCUUUGGGCCAGGGCGGAUUCUCUCUGCUCCAAAACUCGGCGAAUCUGUCUUUGAUUGACCUGGGACCUUUAAUCACCGCCUCAUCGAUCCAGGGGGCGUGUCUUUGUGCUGCUUGGGUUCUCUUUAGCAUGGGCAUUAUCUGGCUGUGCAUCGCUGUCAUGGUCAUCGGAAACACGCUCGUCCAGAAGCGGAUACCAUUCAGUGUCGGCUACUGGGGCAUGAUUUUCCCGAACGGUGUGUUCGCCCUGCUCGCCGUGCAACUGGGGGUUGUGCUCGAUAGCAAAGUCAUGAGCUACAUUGGAGUCGUGCUUUCAAUCGGCGUUUUCCUCCUCUGGGUCUUCGUUGUUACCAAGACUAUUCCGGCCAUCUGGAAUACGACUGUCUUCCACUCCCCCUGUGUUGCCAAAUAUGACGAGGAGAAUGCUGCCCUGGAGUCUAAGCCUAGCACCGAUGCAGGAUUGCCAUGAUGGUGUCGUCGGUUGGAAGCUUUUCCCGUUGAUUCUAUUUGUACAAUCGAUGCCUACGUACGGGUUUCUUGAUUGGAUUGUGUCCUAGUAAUAGACAGACUUUGCCUAUCAUCGCGAUAGUAGACUAUCCUUCCUGUCCUUGUCUUUUUAAAGGCAGCACAUCUCCCUGCGCGUCCGAGCCGCACCCCGCCACUCUCCGGUAUUCUA